UUUGUUUGUUUGUUUUUAAAAUCGCCUUUACCUCUCUUGUUACAGCUCCAUUUUAUUAAAGAAGAAAGCGAAGCUCAGGGAGGAUAAGACGUGUAGAUCUGAGUCCUCAGUGACUGCUGGGGCUCUGAGAGCAGAGAAGAGCCACAAGCCAGUGAAUGUGGGGAGAGAGGGACAGAGAGGUAGAGGAGCCCCAGGAAAGAGCCAGGUCCUGGGAACACGUAAGAUGGAGUGAGAAGUCACAAGCAGCUUCCAGCCCAGACUGUUCUAUUUGGCCAGCAUAGUUAAAAAAAUAUAGACAUGGUUAUUUAUUAUAAAAUAGGAUUAUUUAUUAAAAGAAUCCCAAAACAGAAGACAGGAAAAAAAUCUCCCUGAGUCCUGCCACUGUCCACAGUAUUGAUCUUUUGCUGGUUUUUUUUUUUUUUCUAGUUAAAAACAAGAACAAAAAUACACAAGUUAGUUUUUUUCUUAAUUGAAGUAUAGUUGAUUUAGAAUGUUGUGUUAGUUUCAGGGGUACAGCACAGUGAUUCAGUUAUAUACUAUAUAUAUAUAUAUAUAUAUAUUUGUCUUUUCUUUUUCAGAUUCUUUUCCCUUAUAGAUUAUUACAAAAUAUUGAGUACAGUUCCCUGUGCUAUACAGUAGGUCCUUGUUGGUUAUCUAUUUUAUAUAUAGUAGUGUGUAUGUGUUAAUCCUAAAUUCUAUAAGGGUUUUUUUUAAUAUAUAAAGUCAAAUCAUGGUGUCAAAACUAUAUUUUUGAAUUCAGAUUAAAGCCUUUCCUCACUGGGCAAGGGAAACCUUUAACCAAACACGAGCUGUACCACUGAAAAGUCUGAAAUGGAGUCAGGAUAGGGAUCCCUAUUUUGAUUAUUCCUGGAUAUAGCUCCUCAAAGGCAAGGGCACUGUUUCACAGAGGAAGAUGGCACUCCAGAUCUUAUGGGUCAAGUAACACUUGGCCCUGCAUUCUCUGUUAUCACAGUGUCUUUAAAUGCUUUAAAAUUAGCAGUAUCUUAGUUUGGGUUCCCUCAAAGGUGGACACUGAGACCAGAGUUUGGGAACAAAUUGUUUGUGAGGUGUUCCAGGAAGCAGGUAACUCCAUGACCAGCACAAAGACCAGAAAACAGCCUCAAUCAGGGAAAUACAGGGGCUUGUGUGAGGAAGCCUUUUGUGUAAGGGAGCUGUCCACUUAUACCGCAGUGAUCUCAGCUGAGGAAUGUGACACGACAAGGAUAGCCUCUGUUACAGCUGCCUGCUGACUUAAAAUUUUAAAAUCAGCAGAUUUCCCACAAAACUCUGGCUUUCUGACUUUUCAUAAAACCAUCCGACCAUCUGGGCUUGCAUUCCCACAUGGAAUGGCAAGCUGCCACCCCCUUCCGUGGGGGCAUUUGCUCUCUACUCUGCCACAGUCCCCACCACUCCCUGAUGCCUCCUACCUGAGGCCAAUAGUUAGGUUCUUGCUUGUUUGUUUUAUUCUUUAACACCCAAUGCACUUAACUCCUCUGUGUUACCUGCCUGGCCCGUCCAGGAAGGAGCCUGAGUCUGCUAUCCUUUGAGGAAGAGGCAGGCUGCUGCUGCACAUAUAGGCCAUAUAGCCUUCAAGUUGGCAUGUGGUUUCCUGGGACCAAACCUUUAAAUAUGAAGCUGUAACAGGAACCUGGAGGCCUCUCUUGACAACCUGCCCAGCUCUCAUUAUGACAUUUAGCCUGUGAUUGAUAUUGUAUGUGUCAUCAAGACCUUGGCAGUUAAUCUCUAGGUCGAAUCUAUGGAAACCAAACAGAACAGAUUUGUCUUCCCCUUCCAUUUUGGCUGUGAUCUGGGAAACAGACACUCCCGGCCUUUCUGAGAUUCAAAGAUCUGGGAGCCAUGCAGAGAGGGAUGCACACAAGCCGCCUUCAGGAUUUGGAAAGAUUACAGCUGCAGAAAGGAAAGAAAAUCCCUUGGCUCCAAAAUGACAUCCAGAGAACCGAAGACAAGCCUCAAGAACGCUUACCCGUCUGCCAAGAAGCUGCUGCCGAAGGUGGAGGAGGAGGGGGAGGCUGAGGAUUACUGUACCCCCGGAGCCUUUGAGCUGGAGCGUCUCUUCUGGAAGGGCAGUCCCCAGUACACGCAUGUCAACGAGGUCUGGCCCAAGCUCUACAUCGGCGAUGAGGCGACGGCGCUGGACCGCUACAGCCUGCAGAAGGCAGGCUUCACGCACGUGCUGAACGCGGCCCACGGCCGCUGGAACGUAGACACCGGGCCCGACUACUACCGCGACAUGGCCAUCGAGUACCACGGCGUCGAGGCCGAUGACCUGCCCACCUUCGACCUCAGCGUCUUCUUCUACCCAGCGGCCGCUUUCAUUGAUGCUGCACUCCGCUACGAUCACAAUAAGAUCCUGGUUCACUGCGCCAUGGGCCGCAGCCGGUCGGCGACUCUCGUCCUGGCCUACCUGAUGAUCCACAGGAACAUGACCCUGGUGGACGCCAUCCAACAAGUGGCCAAGAACCGCUGUGUCCUACCCAACCGGGGCUUUCUGAAGCAGCUCCGGGAACUGGACAAGCAACUGGUGCAGCAGAGGCGACAGGCCCGGCGCGGCGCGGACGGUGCGGAGCUGUAAGGCCCCCUCACGGGGUGAGCAGGAUACUCGGGAAUGAAGGGGCAAGGUUGAAAAUAGCUCUGGCCUGUGACUUC